GGUUCUGCCAGGCGAAUGGAACUUGGGAAAACUACAGCCACUAUGCGGCCUGCGAGCACACAACCGAUUCACCGUCGCACAUCGUCGAGCUCACCUCCAUCAUCUACUACACCGGAUACAUCGUUAGUCUGGUGGCCCUCAUGCUGGCCGUCACCGUUUUCGUCUACUUUAAAGAUUUACGCUGUUUGCGCAACACAAUCCAUGCGAAUCUGUUCGUCACGUACAUCAUGUCGGACUUGUUCUGGAUUUUGAUCCUGACGAUGCAGCUUUCGGCCAGCUCCAGUGGAAACAUGGCCAGUUGUGUAAUCUUUGUCACCCUGCUGCACUAUUUUACGCUUACCAACUUCUUCUGGAUGCUGGUGGAAGGACUCUAUCUGUACAUGCUGGUGGUGGAAACGUUUUCCGGUGAUAAUCUGCGCUUCAACAUGUAUGCGGCCAUCGGAUGGGGUGGUCCAGUCAUUUUUGUGGUCCUGUGGGCAAUUGUCCGGGUUGUGUCCCUAUCCGGUCCCGACAGUUCGGCAACGCUUGAUAUCGACUGCACCUGGAUGCGUGAAUCAACCGUCGAUUGGAUCUUCCAGGGGCCAGUUUGUGCGGUGCUCAUAAUCAACCUUGUUUUUCUCAUCCGAAUCAUGUGGGUGCUAAUCACGAAACUCCGGUCGGCCAACACGGUCGAAACUCGCCAAUAUCGCAAAGCAUCGAAGGCCCUGCUGGUCCUAAUUCCGCUGCUGGGCAUCACGUACCUGGUCUUCCUGGCUGCUCCGGCCGAGGGCAUCGUCAGUGACAUUUUCGCCAUCGCCCGGGCACUGCUGCUGAGCACGCAGGGCUUCUCGGUAUCGCUAUUCUACUGCUUCCUGAACUCGGAAGUCCGGCUGGCCCUGCGCCAUCGACUGGAACGCUGGCGAGACGAGCGGAACAUCCGGAUAGGUCAAGUCCGGCAACGAAGCCGACGACCACUGACCUACAGCAAACGGGAAAGCUGUGCCUCGUCAGCGACGACCACGACCCUCCUGGGACCUCCGAUGGGGGGACACUCGACCACGAUGCGGGGCUCCAAUGGCGCUCUUCAUCUCCACACUCUGGCACCUCGAGCGAUCAGUCCUUUGAUGCAGGGCCUUGAUGAAAACUCCGUCUAAAAAUUGUGAAUGGCUUCCGGAAAAACUUCACCAUAAUAUAUUGAAACAUCACAUUUGCAGUUGCAGAUAACAACUUUGUUACAAAAACAUUCUAAAAGUGAUCUAAACAAUUAAAGGCACCUCAUUAAAUGAGAGAAAAACUCAGUUCGAGACCAAAAAACAAACACACUACUAUUCAUAAUUUUACCAAAAAUUUUAACUCAAACCAGCAAAGAGCAUUUCAAAGAAUUUCCCUCGAGCAAACAUGCUUCCAGCUAACUAAGGAGAGAGAAAAGAAUUGUUAUCUACUUUAAUAAUGUUAGGGACGCGGCUUCGGUUAUAUUAAAAAUUAAAAAUUGUGAGAUUUUUUUUCUUUUAAUUUCUAAAUGUUUUAUUCAAUGUUUAACUACAGUAAGAUAUUUAACUAGAUGGAAAAAGAGCCGAAAAUAGCUACAAACAUUUAUUAAAACAAUUUAUUCGAAUCGGAUAGGCUCAUAAACCAAACCAAAAAAAAUGAACUUCUUCGCUUAGACUAGACCAAUUCAAACGAACCAUAAAAACCAUUAAAAAUCCACCAAAGAUUCCAAUCCGUUUAAAAAACGGAUGAAUUAAAUUGUAAAAAAAAAACAAAAUCACCCAAUCGUACUACACACUGAUAACAAAAAAAAACAAAUUUAUAUUAAACAAAAAACCAACAAUCUCUAAUCUUGAUGUCAGCCGGAAUUUGUAAACUAACUGUGAAAAAAAAUGCUGUCUUUAUAACAACCUAUUGAAAGAAAAAAAAAAACAAAUGGAGACGAUUUUUGUUCGUAAAUAC